AUGGAUGAACUAACCAGAACCGAACCCGAAAAAACAGUUCUGGUUCAGACUCGACCCAAACCCGACUCGAACCAGACCCACCCAGAACCAAACCCAUUUUUGGAGAACCAACCCAGACCCAGACUCAAUGGAUCAGACUCGGGUAAGACCCAAACUCAUUCGAGAAUCAAAAAUACCCACCCGAACCAAUUCAACCCAAAUCCAACUCAAAUCCAAACCAUGUGGACUCGGGUACCCGGGUAA